AUGAAUAUUGAGGAGAGCGGAAUUCAAAGGAAGUUACAGUUACAGGAGUUGGAGGAGAUUCGCAAUGAAACCUAUGAGAAUGCGGAAAUUUAUAAGGAGAGGAAUAAGAUUUUUCAUGACCAACAGAUCUCAAGGAAGACAUUCGAGUGUGGGCAAAAAGUUCUACUGUACCACUCGAAAUUGAAGUUAUUUCCAGAUAAAUUACGUUCUCGUUGGAUUGGUCCUUUUGUGGUGACUAAUGUCUUUCAUUAUGGUGCAGUAGAGAUCCGAAGUUUGAAGACUGAGAAGAAAUUUGUAGUGAAUGGUCAUCGUCUCAAGCCGUAUUAUGAAGGGGUUCUAACUGAACGGGUGGAGAUGAUGCACUUGGAGGACUCGAUUAGCUUAGUUUAA